CAAGACGAAACGCUGCAACGCUGCCUUCAAAACAGGCCUCCUCUUGUUGCCGACAAUACUUGAGCUGUUGUGGGUCUUCCAAGGGGGCCGAUCUUGCUCCUAGCGCCCCCCGUACGCGCCCCUUCUUGACUUGUUCCAAGCGGCUUGAAACCGUGCUGUGCUUCAGUGCAGUCAGAGUUCGCCAAGACAGGGAAUUCAGCUGCGAAAUUAGCACUGAGAUCCAGAGGAUGGCAAAAUGUCGGUCUAUUGACUUUCUCUCGCUUAAGCGAUUUCCGUCGCAUUAAGUUGCUCCUGCUCGGUUACCUAUGUUCUGAUUUUACUCCUGAUGACAAACCCGUCUUGUGAAGCGUUGAGGCGUCCCAGCAAGAUCGCACAGGACAGGUCCUGGUUUACAUUUCACCAUAUGAUUCUUCCCCCGGACUUUGAUUGAACAGCGAAUUCGACAGGUACCAGUUCGCAAGCCCUCAGCUGUGCUGUUUAUUAUUUCCCGUUCAUCAUGGCCGAAGAAUAUGAACCCAUCCCUCUUCUUGACGAGGAGCAUCAGUCAGAGAAAGGUACUUGGAGGAGGAAACUGAGUUUGGAAGCCUUGUAUCGGACAAGGCCGGUGCAGAGGGCAGCGCGGCACUGGGUCUGGAUUGGACACGCCAUCUUGCUCUCCAUCUCAACGACGCUUUUCGCCCUGGCAUUCUGUCUGCGAUACUCCCGACCAUCCGACUUAGUUGUCACCACCGAGUUUUCCACAUAUUCACCCGCAGCUCCCGUCGUCAAAUAUAAUACCGUCCGAUACAACUUGACGCCUAUUAUGACUGGGUCGCCGUACGUUGGCAAAGGCCCAGAGGUCGACGAAGCAUGGGAACAAAUAUCUCGAGUGGGAGACAUGAUGAUCUCGCUGGACGAGGUGAAGCGUCUCGGCCUCUCACCGGAUUCUCUCAAGAUCACCGAUCCAAAGACCGGCAAGGUCGGCUACCGAGCGGCAAUCGAGGUCUUCCAUCAGUUGCAUUGCCUCAACUUGCUGAGGCAGUUCACAUGGAAGGAAUAUUAUGCUGACGAUGGCGGCGAUAUUAGCGCCGAGCCAGAGGAUGUUAGGAGUCAUGUUGACCACUGCUUAGAGACGCUUCGGAUGAACCUGAUGUGUCAGGCUGACAUCGGGGUUUUCACGUUCAAGACAUAUCCUGAGCUGGGCGAUGACGACCCGUGGCCGGAUUUCUCCACGCUGCACACGUGCCGGAAUUUCGGGGAUAUCAGAGACUGGGCUCGGGAUAGGGCAGUGACAUGGGAUGAUAACGCUUAGACCGAAAGGCAAGAGUACCUAAUGUAUGAGUUCAUCUUUAAAUGAUACAUGCGGAGUACGGAUGUACUUAUUAGGCACUAAGGCGCCUCCGUGGCGAUCCUCCGCCCCGGACGCCAAGCGUAAACAACAACAAUAACAACAACAGUGCGCAAACACAUGUGGCGAGCCAUGGGAUGUUUGCACGUGGUAAGUAUGUCAGGAGUCCGUGCAUUGGCCACAUGUGACGCAAGGCGCGUCCGCGUAAGGUCUGCAGGGUCUGGGCAAGC